UAAAAAAUAAAAAAAUAAAAAAAUAAACAUCAUGGCGUCAACUACAUCAACAACUCCAGGGUCGGCAUCAGUAUCAACGCCAGAAGCAGGGGCAAUAGCUUCACCUUCAAAGCCAGUUCCUUCGAAUGCACCCAGCAAACAGUUCACAAAUGGAUUCCUUAUGGCUUCAGGCACAGCUUUUUUAACGGGUAUCUUUGGAUCUCUUAUGUAUCAAAGCUGGCGGGAGAAGCGCAGAGGCAUUAAUCGAGUAGCAGCAGGAACACCUGUGGGCCCUGCUCUUCAAUCCUUGAGCACUUUCAAAAAUACAGAGGCGUUAUUGAGGGAAGGAAGAUUACUAGGUAUCAAAGCCUUUGCUGUUGCUACGACACUUUGUCUGUCAGGUGCAGUUUUAGUAGUGGGCACAACACGAUGGGCUCUGGAAGUUGAGACAAUACCUGAAUUCUCUGCAAAGAUGCGAGACUUCUUUCCAAAACAAAAGACCAAAUUUGUGGAUGCGGUAGUCGGUGCUGAUCGCUCAGUUUUUGGGGGUCAGACGGAUGAAUCUGAGUUAACUAAGAGCUCUUCAUCUUCUAGUUCUGCUCCUUUGAGUGAAGAGGAGAAAGAUUUGGAUCAUGAAGAUGAUAACCAUAUUCUGGGCCGCAUUGAGCGAGAGCUUCGACGGCUAGAGAGUGAAGAAGAGAUUGUAAUAUCACAGCCAUCAUCAGACUCGAAUUCAUAGUCAGAAUCAAAGUUGGAACUAAGGGAAAUGAACAAGAUCAGGCAAAGAAAUCAUCAGUACUAGCAUCAACAUCAACAUCAGUAUAUAUCAGCAUCAGCAUCAACAUCAACAUCAACAUCAACAUCAACAUCAACAUCAAUAUCUAUAUCAAUCAAUGUCCUUAUUGUUUUAGAAGACCAUUCCUGUGGAUUAUAAAGAUAAUAAAUAAUAUAAGGUUGGGUUGCUUUGCUUAUCUUAUAGAUUCCUGAUAGAGUUUUAGCAUCCUGUGUUGGAUGCAUAAAAUCUCGG